AUGUUUUCAGAAUCUUCGACAUAUUCCUCUAAUUAUGAGCUGGUGCCAUCAGGAGCUUUUGUUGGCGGACACGACUGUAAUGGCACUCCCAUCUAUGUGGGUCGUUCAUCGCACAGAGAAGAUAAUCUACCCAGCAAAGAUUGCGCUUAUGUUUGCUGGCGCGGUGAGGAAAUCAAGAAAAAACAAUAUGAAGUGCUGGUUGGUGAUGGCUAUAAAUGGGUCACUUCCUACGGUGGYUCGAUGCCACGCAACGUUGUACUCGGUGGAACCACACGAUAUGGUGAGCCAUUAUACAUAGGUCGAUGCGCUUACUACAACAGUUUAACCGUUGGUAAAAUACAUCCAUCACAUGGCUGUUUGUACAUACCGUUUGGUGGUAAAGAAUUGCGUUUUCAUUUAUAUGAAGUGCUGAUCAGGAAGRCCGAUCGUCGUGUGGAUUAA